CUCAAAGACUAUAAGUAAUAAUUCUGAUCCGUGGUUAGCUGCUACGUUUCCACAUUUACAAUUUUCAUCUAUCGUAUUUGUGUUUUAAAAAUUUCAUUCCGGAUUCAUUUUAUACCUAUUACCUAUUUAGUUUUAUCUGCGUAAAAUAUCAACUGCAAAAAUGGUCGUUAAAGAAAUUAUGCACGAUCCUCAGUUUCAAGAAGAGCUGAACACAAACGGCAUGAGACUAGUGGUUGUAGAUUUUUCGGCCACCUGGUGUGGUCCUUGCAGACGAAUCGCACCGCUUUAUGAUGAAUUAUCGAACAAAUAUGAACGUGCAGUGUUCCUUAAAGUAGAUGUAGACAAGUGCCAGGAGACAGCCUCAAGCCAAGGCGUGUCGGCUAUGCCAACUUUUAUAUUCUAUCGUAAUAAAGUUAAAGUUGCAAAGAUUCAGGGUGCUGAUAUUGCAGCUGUUGAAAAUAAACUCAAACAAUUAUAUGAAGCAGCGUGUGAAGUUUCCGGUGAAGAAUGUGGCGUACCUGGACAAAUGGACCUUAGCUCUUUCAUAAUGAAAAACCAAUGUGAAGCUCUCAAUGAUUCUGAUGAUCAUCCGUUAUCUGCGCUCUUAGAGAGCCGUAGCUUUAUGGAAUCAGAUUGUGAUCAACAACUUAUUGUAUCAUUAACUUUUACGCAAUCGGUCAAAGUACAUUCUAUUAAAGUAAGUCAUGCAUUAAAAUUUGUGAACAAAUAAAAUAUGCUAUUUAAAAAAUAGUUUUUCUUUUCAAGAUCUAUACAUUUUUUACUACAAAUUAUAUAAUUUAUCUAAAUAAACGGGUCUAGAAAUUUAAAAUAUUCAACAAGAACAUAUUGGGUAGUUGUAUAACUGUUUGACUUUAAAUUCAUUGUUAUAAUAAUUAAUAUAGAGUAGAAUUUAAUUAAUAUGAAUUUGUUUGAAUCACAUGCAAAAAGCAUAGCUGCAAUAAUAAUUAUUUGCAUUUUUUUUUUUUUAUUGUUUAGAUUAAAGCUCCAAAAGAUAAUGGUCCUAAAUUGUUGAAAUUGUUUAUCAAUCAACCAAAUACUUUAGAUUUUGAUUCUGCAACUUGUAAUGUUGCUACACAAGAACUUGAAUUAAAACCUGAAGAGUUGGAUGGUAAAGUUGUCAACUUGAUGUAUGUUAAAUUCCAGAAUGUUCAUAAUCUGCAGAUAUUUAUUAUUAAUAAUCAAACUGACGAAGAAAUAACAAAAAUAGAUGCUUUAAGUAUUAUUGGAAUGCCUAUAUCUACAACUAAUAUGGGCGAUUUCAAACGCGUUGCUGGUAAAGUUGGAGAAGCUCAUUAGAAAAUUACAUUAUAAUGCAUAAUAUUCAAAAUUGAUAUGCUGUCUUUACUAAAUUAACAAUAUUUUCAAAAUUAUUAUAUAAUCUUAAAAAUAAUAUUUUGUCUUAAUUAUAGAUUUUUUCAAAUAAAAACACAAGAUUGUGUAAAAAAUAUUUAUUUAAGAACGUUUUACUGAAUAAAAAAUACUAUCUAGGUUAAAGUCCUUGUUUACUUUCGGAUUUUUUAAACUUAAUAUUUCAUCAUGUUCUAACCAAAAACUAUCACCAAUAAUAUCCACAUGUAAGGGACAUAUGAUAUUUUUUUUUGACUUUGAUGGAGGUAUAUAAACAGUUUUUCUUACAAGCACUGUACCUUUUCUAUAUAUUGGUAACUCAUUAUUAUAAUUAGUUCCACACUCUUUAAAUAGUAUUUCAUUUUUUUCUGAUGAUAUUGUCCCACUUAAAAUUUUUUCAGCCUACAACAUAUAAUCCAAAAUCAAUAUUUCAUUCAACAUUAUACAUAAAUCAUGUGUUUUUAAAAUGAGUACCUCAUUAUUUGAUAAUCCUUUCUUUAAAAUAAGUCCCCAAAAGGCAGUGUUGUACAAAUUGUUGAUAUGUGUGUCAGCUUGACGCCAACAUAAGUAAUCUCUCAAAUUUUGAUCUGUCGGAUAAAGAACAAUUCGAGCAUCAAAUGACGGUGGAUAUAAAAGUUUUUUAUCUUCAAAAUAUGUACUCCAAUAAUAUACAUAAGAAGCAGAAAAUAUGCUGUUAAUUGCAGACAUGAUUUUUGACUGCCGUCGAUUAUACACGUCUGUAUCCUUUCGUAAUAUAAAACUAUAUUCAUCACUCUGCCCAUAAGCUAAUGAUACAUCCUGCAAUUCUUCCAUCACAGUUGCAGCAGAUCUAUUCAUUAAUUCUAAAGCUCUUUUAUCAUUUGGUUUUUCAAAUUUGUGUGAAUCUGUAAACCUAU